ACCCAGCCAUUUUGCCUUCUGUAGAAUUAUAUUGCUUCCUGUUAGAAAAAGUAAAGUAAGGAUUAAAAAAAACGGUAAUUGUUCAUUAUUUGUAUGAAAACUGUAAUCAGAAAGCGCGUAAUCUGGUUUAUCAAUCUUCAAUUACCUAAUGUCUGGUCAAAUUUUGGCAAAAGAGUGGCGGAUGAUACCCGACUCGAACUUCAAACUCACAAGUCGAAGACAAACUCUGAAACUGACAACGCCUAGUCCAUAGAUAAUUCUACUAUUUCACAAAGUGCGAAACUGAACAUAAUUUAAUGAAAAUAUGUUGCAAUUUAAAAGAAGUUAUGCAAAUUUAGUGACCUACCGACGUAAAUAAUUGGGCAGUAUUGGUAGAAGACUCUAUCAAUCUCAUUUUAUCUACUGAGAAAAAUUGUGGAUCUUUUUAAAAUCUGCAGCAAUUACAAAAUGACAACAGUUUGGCCAGAUCCUCCGAUGGAAGUAAACCUGAACCAGACAGCUAUGCACAGUGAGAACCCUCUGAAGAAUGUUGAGAUAAAAAAAGAUGGUUUCUUCCAAUUACAAAGUGGCACAGAUUUUCUUCUGUCAAGUAAUUUAAAUGUGUUAUUGAAUGCAUCAAAGUUGGUGGAGAUUGAUCAGUUUAAACAUGGUAAACAAGAUCAUACAUUAUCAAAAAGAUUGCCACCUAGAGAUCAUAUAUCCGACAGUAACUGUCAAAGUUCUGACCAGAUAGUUAUACAGAACCAAUCUGUAGGGCCACAGGAACCUGUACCUCUUAAAAAUGUUGGAGCAAUUCCAACAAAAUUCAGUGUCAAUGAACUGGAACCUGAGGAUAAAUGCAACCAGGUCAAACCUAUCUAUACAGCAGUGCCAGUUAAUAAUCCACAUGUACAGUAUGUUGGUGGAUUGUACCAGUUGUUGAACGAGUGUGGUAUUGAAUACAGGGAGGAGACAGUUGAGUCACAAAAUGAUGUACCUGUUAGGGAGGUCACCACUGCUUGUCAGCAGUACACACAAGGACACAUCAUACAUGGUGACAAAAAUGCUUUGGAAAUGUUGGCAAAAGAUGUAAUCAGCCUGAAGAUUGGUACUCAUGGUGUCAUCACAAACCCGAAAUUUGACUUCCUAUGGAAUUCUAAAUGUUCUGUGAAAAAGCAGAAGAUCCUUGGAAGAGGAGGCAAUGGUACAGUGGAACUCUGCAAUUAUAAUGAUGUAGACUUUGUUACUAAAACGAUCUCCAGAGAUUUCAGAGCAAAUGAAGUGAUGUUUACAAACUGUCUGAGCCAUGAGUUCAUUGUUAAGUCACAUGGUUUGAUAGUGAGGAAUGGAACCCCUCAAAUCAUCAUGGAUUAUGCAGGAGACAACCUGUUACACUAUGGUUUAUCCAAAAUGGUGGACGAAAGUGAGAUCUGGAACAUAACAUAUCAAAUCCUGGAAGCCCUUAACUACUUACAUUCCAACCAGAUUAGACAUUUUGAUGUCAAACCUGAGAACAUAGUACUUAUGGAGGAUGCUUCAGGAAACAAAACAUUGAAACUGGCAGAUUUUGGAGGAGCCACUCUGUUCACAGAGGAAGUGGACUGUCUUAGUUGGACUCCUGCUUACAUGGCACCAGAAAUGGACCAGUUUUAUUUAAACAAACAAUUCCCUGGACAAAGAUUGAUCACCACAUCUUGUGGCCAGAUCACAGAGAAAUGUGAUAUCUACUCCUUGGCUUUGUCAAUUCUGUUUCUGUAUGUCAGGGGACACAUUCUUAUCAAACAUAUAACCAAAGGGGUUCAGGCAAUGGUUGGGUAUGAGAAAGCUGAUACUGUCAGCAUGAAAAUUGUAGUUAUGAAUGCUAAGAAUCCAAGCCUUGCUGAAAGUCUGAUUCCACAGGUUGUUGGUAAAGAAAUGAAAAGCUUGUUAUCUGGCAUGCUGAAAGGCAAUGUUGAUGAUAGAUGGACAGCUAAAGCUGCUAUGGAUCAAAUGAAAGAACUGUCAUCUGCUUCUCACAAGAGCAUGGAACCUAAAAAGAUCAUUAGGAGAAAGUCCAAAUCCACAGAAAACAAACCAAAGAAUAGCCAGAUCAUAAGACCAAAAGUACCCAAACUUGUCAUUGUUACACUCGACAAAACUGGUAAAAAAGUAGGAGAGUAUAAAAAUACAGAGCCAUUCACCAUACCAAGAUAUACAAACGGUAACACCUUAGAAACUGAGGAACACCAACGACCUUUACGUGAUCUGAAUAUUGACCUUCAGUUGAAUGUUAUCAUUGAACAGUCUAAUAACGUGAAAGAUGAGAAGAUGAAACAGAUUAUUGAUGAGGAGAAUCGUCCAUUACUGAAAAGGCUAGUCAAACGUAAACUUAAAGAUAAAGUCAAUGGAGAGAUAGCUUUCAAGAUGACAAAAAUGAGAGAGGAACUUGAGAGCAGCGGUUCAUCUUCAAGUGGCAUGUCGAUAAACUUUAGCGGAAGAGGACAUGUUAUUAUGGCUCCUACAGAACCAGAAGUUGUUCCUAUGAAUGAAGGGCCAGGCAAUAUCCCUAAUUUUGACAUGUUUCUGGAUUGUUGAGAUGUUGUGACUUUAUUGUUUGGGAUUGUGUUUUCUUAAGUUUGUCCUUACAGCUGUAUGAAACAAGAUCUGUGACAACUAUGUAUAUAUAAAUGACAGCAGUUGUAAGAAAUAUUUCAGAAAGGCCAGUAGAUAUAGUAAAUAAUUUUUUGGUUGGUUUUAAAAUAUUUUUAAUGUUGAGGUGUUCUUUGUUCUUUUCUUCCAUUUCAUUAAGAUUUGAGAUGUAUAUCAUAGACCUUUUGUAAUUUAAACUUAGCAUAAACUUCAACAGAGUUAUAAUAGAUUACUGACUGGGAAUUCCUAAUCUUUUUCUGUCUUCACAAACCAUAGAAUUUAAAGCUAUUAGUUUCAUAUUCUCAUUAAUUUGGAUUUCCCAAUAUAUAAAUAUAAAUCAGUUAUUGAACUUAUGUACAAUUUUAUAUGGAGUUCACCAAUUGAUAGAAUAAAGAGAGAUGUUUUACAAAAUGAUAUUGAAGAUGGUGGACUCAAAAUGAUAAAUCUUAGUGCAUUUAUUUUAGCACUGAAGUGUACAUGGAUAAGGAAAUUAUUUAAAACAGACAACAAAUGGCAGAAUGUUUUUUUGUCAAAUGUUCAUGUAGAACUUGAAAAAUUUUAUGGUUGUGGAAGUGUUUAUAUACAAAAAUUACAACAAAAUAUCAAAAAUAAAUUUUGGCAAGAUGUUCUGAAAACAUGGAAACUUCUCAGAGAAAUAGAUGAAUAUGACAGCUGGGAAUGCUUUCUUGCUAGUCCAAUCUGGCUUAACAAUAAUAUAAAGGUAGCAAAUAAACCUAUUUUUUAUAAAGAUUGGUUUGAAAAUGAUAUAAGAUUUAUAAAUGAUAUUGUAAAUGAAGAUGGGAUUUUUUUCUCUCAUCAAAAAUUAGAAGAAAUGUAUCAGAUAAAUGUGUAUUUCAUGAGAUAUAAUAGUAUUAUAUCUGCUAUACAUCAAGCAUCAAAUUCAUUUGUGGGAAAAAAUCACAAAUUAGAACUACCUUUAAUUUCAUCUGCUAUUAAAAGACUUGUAAAAAUUUCAAAAGGAUCUAAAGAUAUGUAUAUUGUUUUAAAUAAAAAUAAAAGUGUUCCCACUAGUCGGUUAAGAUGGACUGAAAUUUUUGGCUUUGAUCAAAAUCAUUGGAAAAAAAUUUAUAAAAUGCCAUUUGUUGUCACAAAUAAUACUAAGUUACAGUGGCUACAGUAUAGAUUCAAUCAUCGAAUCUUAGCUACAAACAAAUUUCUUCAUAAAAUUAAGAUUUAUGAUAAUCCAAAUUGUACAUUUUGUAAUAGAGAAAUUGAAACAUUAGAACAUUUAUUUUGGGAAUGUGAACAUACACAAUUAUUAUUAGAACAGAUUGAAAAUUGGUUUCUGACCAAUGGAAUUAGUGUACUUUUUACAAAAGAAGUUUUUUGUUUGGUAACAUUGCAAAAAUAUCAAAAGGCAAUGCAGAAAAUACUCUUUUUCUUACCAUAAAGCAAUAUGUUUAUAAUACCAGAUGUUUAAAAAAAAAAACUGUCAAUAAACUCAGUAAAAGAGAAGAUGAAUUAUGUAUAUGCAAUUGACAAAAAUAUUGCUAUGAAAAACAAAUGUGAACAUCAGUUUCUCAGAGAAUGGAAUAUUUUUGAUAGAUUACUUUAAUAGUUAAGUACAAAAAUGUAUAUAUUUUACAUUUAAUAUUAUACAUGUUAUAAAUGAAAAUGCUGUAUUUGCUAUACUAAAAUAGAAUUCAAUGUCUAGAUGAAUUGUAUUGAAAACUCACCACACUUUUCUCUCUCACUCUCUUUCUCUCUCUAUUUCUCUCUCUCUCUCUCUCUCUCUCCAGUGUUCAGACUGCUUUACUCUUAUCUUAUAUUUGUAUAUUUGAAAAAAAAUUGCUUCCUCUUAAAAAGAUGUAUUGAUUAGAUAAUAUCAAUAGAUUUAUAUAUUAUAUAUUGUUAUUAUUUGUGUAUAUUAUUAUUGUAAAUUGGAAGUUAUAAAUAAUAAAAAUUAAAAAAAAAAAGAUUUGAGAUGUAUAUCAUAGUCCUUUUGUAAUUUAAACUUAGCAUUUCAACAGAGUUAUAAAUAGAUUACUGACUGGGAAUUCCUAAUCUUUUUUGUCUUCACAAACCAUAGAAUUUAAAGCUAUAAGUUUCAUAUUCUCAUUAAUUUGGAUUUCCCAAUAUAUAAAUAUAAAUCAGUUGUAUUUUAUUAAACCUGAAGAAUGCAAACAAUAGUUGUGCAGAUGCUUUCUUAAUAUUUUUAUUUAAAAAUAUAUGAAAAAGGAAAAAUGCUUGUUAUUAUUGAAAUAAAGGGAAUCAUUAAAUUGAAAACAUAGCAUUGUAUUAUUGUACAUUUAUUUAUUUAUUUUGUAUGUAUAUAUGAGAGAAUGUAUUUAUUUUGUUGUAAAAGAGGUUACUUGGAGGAAUAUUGAAAAUGUUGACUGCUUCACAGAUUCAUUAGAUUCCUCAAAUAUUGUAAUUAUGGUAACAUGACAUCUGUAUUUUAGUGACUUUACAUAUGUAAGUGUUAACAUUAUUUAUUUUCUCAAAACUAUUAAUUAUAUAUUUUGAGAGUGGGAAAAUUGUGCUUACAAAUUAUCACAGAAAUAGUUUUGCUUUCAAAUCGAAAUUUAUGAAGGAAAUGAAAUACAAAAUACUUUUUUACAGCUGGUUAAAAAAAAAACUUGCUUGAGAUCAUUGGACACAGUGCAAUGCUUAGUAUAUAUGUAAAGAUAGCAAUACCUAUGAUUUUAAUUUCAUUAUUUAUGUAUUUUAUAUUGAUUGAUUAAACCACAAUUGGUUUUGAUAUACAUUUGAAUAUGUUUCGUUUAUUUGCUUUCUUCAUAUUUUUAUCCAAUAAAAGUUGUAAAUAGAA